GUAAUCUUUAGCACACUCAAAGUUUUGGGACUCUAUGCCUACCUUGAAGCAUUGUCCUACAUGUUGAGCAUGUAACUUGUGCAUAUACACAUGAGCUUGCAAUAGACAUAUCUUCUCGUGUAAAGAAAAACUUUGUUUACCCUGAAAAUUUCCUCAAGAAAGCAUUUAGAUUUUCGUGUAUUUGAUUCUGUGCAUGUAUGCUCUCAAAAGAAUCCAUUAUGUAUAUUGGAAGAGAAUCUUUGUCCUCUGCGAGCAUCUGUUUCCUAGAAAAAGAACCAACACAUUUCUCACAGGACAUCUUCACGUAAUUUAGCAUAGUCCAAAAGAGGAUCUUACUCACCUCAUAGAUGCUUCCACAUCAACAAAAACAUCUAAGUUGGUAUACUUGGAGACAGAAGCUGACCUCUUUCUUUGAUAUUAUGAGAAGUAGACUUUGCUUUAGAUAUUUAAAAAAUUUGCCGUUCGAAACAUGGGGGGAGAGAGAUACUUCUGGUUAGAAGAUGAGAAAUACGGGGCAGAGAGGUACUUCUGCUUGAAUUGGCAGCAUCAACUGUGUAAAAAUCCCAGGCCAAAUCCAGACAUUAAAACUCUAUUCGUGGAUCAUUCAUGUGGGCAGCCAAAUGGUGCUCGGGCUCCGUCUCCUGCAAGCAAUCCAUUGAUAGGUUCUGUACCCAAAGCCGGAGGUUUUCCUCCCCUCGGUAUACAUGGGCCCUUUCAACCUGCUCCAUCACAAGUUCCAGCUCCUCUUGCUGGUUGGAUGUCUAAUCCACCUGCGGUUACGCAUUCAGCUGUUUCUGGUGGACCUAUUGGUAUUGGCCCGCCACCUGUGCCUGGUGCGCAUAAUUGUUUGUAGGUACUUUUUGGUUGUUAAGUUGUGCAGUACUCCUCUGAAUAGAACUGUUUGCCUUCUAGCUGUUCUUAAACAUCCAAGGACUCCUCCAGCAAGCUCUUCUGCUGACUAUCCAUCAGGAGAUUCUGAUCAGUUAAUCAAACGAACAAGACCUUUAAGCUUAACUGAAGAGGUGAAUCUUCCAGUUAAUGUACUACCAGUUUCCUUUUCUGGCCAUGGUCAUAAUCAAGCUUUCAGUGUGCCUGAUGACUUACCCAAGACUGUUGCACGAACUUUAAAUCAAGGAUCAUCCCCGAUGAGCAUGGAUUUCCACCCUAUCCAACAAACUUUACUCUUAGUGGGAACUAAUGUGGGAGACAUUGGACUAUGGGAAGUUGGCUCUAGGAAGAGAUUGAUAUCAAGAAAUUUCAAAGUUUGGGACCUGACUGUGUGCACUAUGCCCCUGCAGGCUGCCCUAGUAAAGGAUCCCCAUGUCUCAGUCAACCGUGUGAUUUGGAGCCCAGAUGGAUCUUUGUUUGGAGUUGCAUAUUCAAGGCACAUUGUACAGAUUUAUUCUUAUCAUGGGAACGAUGAUGUUCAACAGCAUUUGGAGAUUGAUGCUCAUGUUGGCGGAGUCAAUGAUCUUGCCUUCUCUCAGCCCAAUAAACAACUUUGUGUUGUCACGUGUGGAGAUGACAAAACUAUCAAGGUGUGGGAUGCUAAAAGUGGAACUAAGCAAUAUACCUUUGAAGGUCAUGAUGCUCCUGUUUACUCUGUAUGCCCCCACUACAAGGAAAAUAUCCAGUUUAUCUUUUCAACGGCAUUAGAUGGAAAGAUCAAAGCAUGGUUGUAUGAUAAUAUGGGAUCGCGGGUCGAUUAUGAUGCUCCUGGCCGUUGGUGCACAACAAUGACAUAUAGUGCCGAUGGGACUAGGCUGUUUUCUUGCGGGACAAGUAAAGAUGGAGAGUCUCACAUUGUUGAGUGGAAUGAAAGUGAAGGGGCUGUGAAGAGGACAUAUCAAGGUUUUCGAAAAAGGUCUCUUGGAGUCGUGCAGUUUGAUACUACGAAAAACCGCUUCUUGGCAGCUGGAGAUGAUUUCUCCAUCAAAUUCUGGGAUAUGGACAAUGUGCAACUUCUAACAAGUAUUGACGCUGAUGGGGGCCUUCCUGCAAGCCCACGAAUCAGGUUCAACAAAGAGGGUAAUCUAUUGGCUGUGUCUGCGAACGACAAUGGAAUCAAGAUUUUAACCAACAAUGAUGGUCUUCGGUUGCUGCGUACAUUUGAAAAUCUGGCUUAUGAUGCAUCACAUGCUGAGGCUGCAAGCAAGCCAAUGUUGAGUCCACUUGUUGCAGCCGCUGCGAGUAGUGCUGGAUUUGCAGAUAGGGUAACCUCUGUUGUCAGUAUCUCUGGAGUGAAUGGAGAAGUUAGAAACCUGGGAGAUGUCAAACCUCGGAUAACUGAAGAAGCCAACGACAAAUCCAAGAUUUGGAAGCUCACUGAAAUUAGUGAAUCUUCUCAGUGUCGGACAUCGAAGCUCCCGGAGAAUGUGAGAGUACCAAAGAUAUCGAGACUGAUGUAUACAAACUCUGGGAGUGCUAUCUUGGCAUUGGCGUCAAAUGCUGUUCAUCUGCUGUGGAAAUGGCAGCGAAAUGACCGAAAUCCAAAUGGCAAGGCAAGUGCCAGUCUUUCACCUCAGUUGUGGCAGCCGGCAAGUGGUAUAUUAAUGACAAAUGAUGUAGUUGACACGAGCUCCGAGGAGGCUAUACAUUGUUUUGCAUUAUCCAAAAACGAUUCUUACGUGAUGUCAGCAUCAGGAGGAAAGAUAUCCUUGUUCAAUAUGAUGACAUUUAAGACAAUGACAACUUUUAUGCCUCCACCACCGGCAGCUACUUUUCUAGCAUUCCACCCUCAAGAUAACAACAUCAUUGCUAUCGGCAUGGAUGACUCAACAAUUCAAAUAUAUAAUGUGCGGGUGGAUGAGGUGAAAAGCAAGCUAAAAGGCCACUCGAAGAGAAUCACUGGCCUUGCCUUUUCUCACGUACUUAAUGUACUGGUCUCAUCCGGAGCAGAUGCUCAGUUGUGUGUGUGGAACACGGAUGGAUGGGAAAAGCAGAAGUCCAGAUUCUUGCAACUUCCUGCAGGUAGGAAUACGGCGACGCAAUCUGAUACUCGUGUGCAAUUUCACCAAGAUCAAAUUCACUUCCUCGUUGUCCAUGAUACUCAGCUUGGUAUAUACGAAACAUCGAAAUUAGAAUGUUUGAAACAGUGGAGUCGUGAAUCUGCCGCACCAAUAUCCCAUGCAACUUUUUCAUGUGAUAGUCAAUUGAUAUAUGCUAGCUUCUUAGAUGCGACUGUAUGUGUGUUUACCGCUAUGCAGUUACAGAUGAGAUGUCGAAUUAAUCCUCCUGCAUAUCUACCAAACAAUAUCAGCAACUCAACCGUCCACCCGCUUGUAAUUGCGGCACAUCCACAAGAUCCAAAUCAGUUUGCCGUCGGUUUGUCUGAUGGUGCAGUUCAUGUCUUUGAGCCCCUCGAGUCUGAUGGCAAAUGGGGUCUCCCACCAGUCUCCGAAAAUGGAUCUACAAGCAGUUUACAGGCAACCCCUGCUGGAGCCUCCGGAUCUGACCAAGCACAAAGAUGA